GUUCUUGUUUACUUAGCAGUAUUGGUUGUUCAUUUGAAAAAAUACACUCUUCUGAAAGAAUAAUAUUAGUUUUGACUCUGAAUUGAGCUGAUCAAUUGAUCCGUCGCGCGAAAAAAACCAAAAAUAAUAAGAGUUCAUCGUUUUGAACACAUUGAAUAUAAAGUGAAGUAAAUCGAGUGAGAAAAACAAAUAAAUUUCAAAUAGUAUCGAUUUCAAAGGAAUCAUGGCAGAGGCAAACGUGAUAGCCACCAUUCCCCGAAAAAAUUUCUUUCUCAAAAUUGCAAACAUCAGCAAAUUGGAAACUAUUUGGUCACCUGAAGAAAUGGUCCAUGGUAUUCCAUGGAAAAUCAAAGUAACAAAAACUACCAGUGAGGAGGAACAACGGUUGGGAGUUUACUUAUGUUGCGCAAUCACGGAUAAAUCACCAGAUUGGUCUCAUGUAGCAGCCGCUACAUUCAAACUGCAACCUUUAAGCGGCAACAAAAGUGGAAUUACGCGUGGUAUAGAGCCUUAUGUUUUUGAUAGUUCUGGCAUUGGAUAUGGCAAUGCAUCAUUCAUCAAAUGGAGCGAACUGUUGAAUGCUGAAAACAAUUAUGUGAAAGAUGAUACACUCACAUUGGACAUCACCAUCGAAGCGGCCAAUCCAAAAAAUCCAAGCAAAUUAUUGUUUGCAACAAUCGAAAAGAGUUGCGUCGAAAGCUGUUCAAGUAAAUACCGAUUGAAUGUAACCAACAUUGACAAUUUGAUGGCUGUCAAAUCAUCACAGUUCAAAGUGCGGAAUUUGCCUUGGUUGUUCAUGGUUUACAAGGACCUAUCCCAUCUUCGUGUUAGUUUGCACUGUAGAAGCCCUUCAACAGAAAUUUCCUGCAAACUGGAAGUACUGCUGAAACUCAUCUCAUCAAAGAAAGAUGUAAAACCAAUUGAACCAGCCCCUCAGACAGCAGUUCUUAAAAACUAUGGUGUUCUAACAGUAGGAAAAAUCAUUUCAUGGGAUGAGCUUGUGAAGCCAGAAAAUGGAUUUGUCAACGAUAAUUCCAUCGUUAUGGAAGUGGAAGUCAGAGCAAGCAAAUCAGAAGUGCCAUUACUAACAACGAACCGAAACAACUGAAGCUCGAAUGUGCGAUCUGCUUCGAAGUUUUCAGCAAACAAGAAGUCUCCAGUACUCAAUGCGGUCACUUGUUCUGUUCACCUUGCAUCAGAAAUUCCGUUGAAGCUCGUGAAAAGUGUCCGUCAUGCAAUGCCGAUGUCACUUUGGAAUCAUUGCAUCGCGUUUAUCUACCGAUUGCACACUAAAUGCGAAGGCUUGGAAAUCAGGAUGCCGACGUAAGGACCUCUGAGGUGCAAACAACACAAACUCCCAGCCUUCAACCUAAUUCAGAUUGAUUGUUCUACAUAUGUUUUUCGCAUGUUCGUUCUGCACGAAACAUUUAUUCCAAACUUAGGCAAACAAACUCCGAUUUCAACAUUCAAAUAAUCUAUUAUACAAAAAAAAAACAUUGAAAAACAUUAGACCGGAGAAUCCCUUCUCCAUAUUUCGAUUUACAGCACUAGACUAAGUUUCCGUUGACUGUCAUGAUCAGGAAAAAAAAUCCGUUCGGUCCGAACUGCAACCUUACAACGGCUAAACCAUGAAAAUGUCCAAAGCGAUCAUAAUUAGCAUUUUGUGAGGCUACAAAGCACUCUUUGUGAUUAUUUUACAAUAAGAAAAAACACAAUCGUUCACUCAGUUACUCGUUCAUAAGAACUCAUGAAAAUAAGAGCCGUUGCAAAUUCAAGCUACAGUCAAUAGUCGUAUUAAGCCGAAAGAAUCUUCCACAACGUAUUUUAUUUUGAAAUAAAACAAACAUUUUUGUACUCAUUUCCCACGAAUUAAC